GACCUAGUGCAACACCGUCUGGACAUUGCUAAGGAGCUGGGCGCCACUCACACUCUGCUGCUGACGCGUGAUGAGACAGCUGAGCAGGUCGCAAUCCGUGUGCGUAAGGCAAUGGGGGAGGAGCCCGACAUGUCGAUUGACUGCUGUGGAGCGGAGAGCACUACACGCUUGGCGAUCUUUGCUACACGGGCUGGAGGUGUUGUUGUUAUCGUUGGCAUGGGACCACCUGAAAUGAAGCUGCCUCUAUUCAAUGCCCUGGCUCGAGAGGUCGAUAUUCGUGGUGUCUUCCGUUACUGCAAUGACUAUUCCGCUGCUUUGGCUCUGGUAGCCUCUGGCAGAGUAAAUGUAAAGCGGCUUGUCACCCACCACUUCGAUAUUAAGGAGACAGAAAAGGCAUUCGAAACAGCUCGUAAUGGUACGGGCGAUGCCAUCAAAGUUAUGAUACAUGUCCAACCUAGGAAUACCAACAAUCCUGUAAAAUUUUAGCUCAAAGAUUUCAGUAAGCACUGGGAUAUAUUUCUGAAAACAUGUAAUAAGUAGUUUUAGAAGAAAAAAUAAAUUUAUUUGCUUGGUACAAAAUUAA